AUGGCCAGCCUCCCCGCACAACACCCCCGCCUGGCGCUACACCUCACCGACCGCGCCCUCACCCCGAUCAUCUCCUCCGGCAACCCGACCACCUCCCACAGCUCGUCCUCCCAGUCCCAGUCCCAGCAGCAGAAGCAAAAGCAGCAGCAGCAGCAGCAGCAGCUCGCCGCGCUGAGCGCCCUCUCCACCACCGCCCUCACGGCCUACGACGCCGCCAAGCGCCUCGACAUGGGCAGCCCCCUGCGCGUGGUCGUCGAGCACGGCCCCGUGGCCCCUACAGACGACCACGGCGAUGGCGGGGGCGGCCCGCUGGUCCUGCAGAGCUUCAUGUGCCCCAUGAGCCUGGCGCUCGGCCCCACGGGGCGCGGGCGGCGCGGCAGCGACAGCGACGGGAGCCUCGACACGGCGGUCACGCCCACGGAAGGCGGCGGCGGCGGCGGCAGCGGCGGCGCACAUACUCCGGAGGCGGGCGCAAGUGCCGUCAACGGGACAUCGAGCCGCGGGGCAGAAGGCAGCUCGAGACAGGUGCUGGGCAGCGCGGUCAUCGACGACGAGGAUGACGAGGACGACGAAGACGACGGCGCGAACCAUCCGCCCAUGCUGAUAGGCGUCGUGGUGGCGCCGGGCGCGGACGAUGCAUCGGAGGCGAGGAGGGCGGCCGGGCGGCUGGAGAGGCUGGCGCGGGUGUUUCAGACGGAGUGGGUUGCGGAGCAGAGGCGGGAAGAUGACGGGAUUGAGUGA